AUGAGAACUGAGGUGGAUCUGUCCCGUGAAGCCGAGCUGUCAGCUGUGACUCUUAGACUGAACGUCACUGAGGAGCAGGUGGAUGAGCUGAGGAAGCACAACACAGUCGGAGCUGCACAGCUGGUUUCUGUUUCUGACAGAGUGACUACAGCUCAGAGGGAGACUGAAGUGCUGCAGGUCCGGCUGAGAGCUGGUGAGGCCACAGUGAACGAGCUGAAGGCGAAGAGCGAAGCUCAGUCUGCUCUGCUGACACAAAUCAACUCCAGAUUAGAAACUGCUGAGAGCCAGAACGCAGGUUUCCAGAUCAGACUGACAGCAGGAGACAGUCUGAUCAGUGAGCUGCAGACCAACACUACAGUUUUAGAGAGACGACUGAGUGACUCCGACAGUCUGAUGAUGGAGCUGCACACUGAGCACUCAGAGCUGAAGGUCAGACUGAGAGUUGGUGAGAAACAGUUGGAAGAUCUGAAGGCACAAAACACAGUUUUGAGCUUCAGAGUGAAUGUGACUGACGACCGUCUGCAGCAGAUCAUAAACACUACCUCAGAUGAGCCGAAGGUGGCGUUUUCAGCCGGUCUGACUGAUUCAGGAGCAGUUGGACCUUUUGAUAAAGAGACGACUCUGACCUUUUCUAAAACCAUCAGCAACAUCGGCCGAGCCUACAACCAGACUACAGGUGUGUUCACGGCUCCUGUCAGAGGCGUUUACUUCUUCAGCUUUACGGCUGCGGAUUACCUGAAGGGCUACAUGGGUCUCUACCUGUACAGGAACAACCAGCCACUCAUCUUCAACCUGGCCCUGAAUGACCACGGCGGCUACGCCUCCACGUCAAACAGCGUGGCUCUGCGGCUGGAGGAGGGCGACAGAGUCCGCCUCAGUCUGCCGGCCAGCUACCGGCUCUACGACGACUCCCGAAACUUCAGCGUCUUCUCAGGAUUCCUGCUCUUCCCGCUCUGACAGUCCCAGGGUAGGGGUACGAGUGAGACGUCCCCCCAGCAAUAAGCUGUCCUUUCAGUUAUCGGGCUGGAACAAGAAGGCUGGACUUUUGUUUUGGUAGGGUGGGUGAUUUCCUGUGGUUUGGACCAGAAUGAAUAGAGGAAAAUAAUGAAAAACCACGGCGGUGUUUGCAUCUCUGAGGCGGAUCCACUGUUUCUGUGAGAGAUCUGAGUCUGAACUGAACCAACAGGAGCAAUGGCCGAGAUGACGUGUCAGGACGAUCCAAUUCAGAACGUUAUUGUUCCUCUUUCUAAAACUUCAUCUCAGAGCUCAUAUUUCGGCAUCGCGUCGACCGACGGCUCCACAGAACCACGAGACUCUUUCUGAGUUCCGGUUCCUUCGUGACUUCGGAAACAGCAGCUGAGAAACGAUGUCGCCUCAGGGUCCAUUUAGUGGCUCGUCUGGAGCUUUCGAUCUCACCGUCAGCGGUGGAACAAAUUUUCAGGUUUUCACUCAACUAAAAGUAGCAAUACAUGAAAAAUACUCAACUACACGUACGACUUUAGUAAAAUCAAAGUACACAGUGUGCAGUAAAAUGUCUCCUGCGACGGAUACAGUCCAGACCAUAAGUAUUUGGACAGUUGCACAUGCUCUGUUCUUCAGCCUUAAUUUGACUCAGUCUACAUCCCUGUGAACAUUUAGUGCCCAAAUUUUAGGGGUUCAAAAGUAAAGGUAUUAGUUAAAGGUAUUCAGUCCGCUGGUUUAAUCUGUAUUUUAUGAACUUAAUGUCGAAUUUUGCACUAAAAACGAACUAGUAACUGCAGCUGUCAGACAAAAGCACUGCAGUAAAAAGUACAGUAUUUACUCUGAAAUGUUGAAAGUAACUCAAAAUGGUACUCAAGUACGGGGCUUGAGUAAAUGUACUUAGCUACUUUCCCCCACUGUAGACCACAGUCCCAGCUCUCACCUGAGACUCGGUCAUUGUUUAAACCAGUAACCGUCCUUUCGAUCGUGGCAUUGUUGCAGAAAAAAGGCCUCGUGGAAGUCAAAGCUUCUGUUUCCACGCUCUCGAAGCAGCGGUCUGGGACAGACAGAGCGCUCUGUCAGGCCGUUAUGUAGAGGAUUUCCUCAGCGACCGCUCACCCAAAACCUUCAGUCGACACUGCACGCAGGAGAAGUUUGGGAUCGAUCUGAUGAGCGGUUGAUGAGAAAAUCGAAGGACGGAUUAAAACUAAUCUGGCAGAAAACCCUGAUAAUAAUAAUAAUAAUAAAUGUGGUUGUGAUAUUACUAUUGACUAACAAAUUAACUGAGGAAAAACACACAUAGAAAAUUAAAAUGAGUUAUAAAGAGUCCGGUCUAGACCUGCGCUACAUGAAAAGUGCCCUGACUUUAACCUCUGCUAUUGAUUUGGCUGCUAUAUAAAUAAAACUGAAUUGAAUUGAAUUGACUUGUAACUAAAGGAAGAAAACAAUAAAAGCAGCAGUAAAUUCUGUUAAUCAACUCUAACCUGAUUAGUCUGCGACAGACCACAGGUAGAGGCCUCUUCAGGCUCAGGAUGAUU